ACUCGCGGCUCGGACGCGCCGCUGCACGCACCGCAGCUACUGCCGCCGCAUGCCUCGCGCCACAGCCGCUGCCGACUGCUCAGCCGCCGCAAAGGUUCGCGCUGUUCGUGCGCUGGGGCGGUCGGACUCCGCCAGCGCUCAGUGUUGUGUUGUUGCUGCUGCUACUACUACUACCACCACCGCGCGACUAGUGACAAGCGAGUGCUCGUGACGGCCAACUCUGCGGCGUCGAUGUGUGCUGCUGCUGCCGCCGCCGGCUUCGACACCGGGACAUAAUUCAGUCGGAGCGGCCAGGAUGCCGCGGCGAGGCGAUGCCGGGGGAUGAUGAAGACCAGGGCCUGCUGGGCCCGCCUCUGCCGCUGCCCGCCGUGGGGCUGCGACCCAGCCCUUCGAGCGGAAGCGGGCGCGGCCUGGCGUGCGGGUCGUCGCUGUCGCCGUCGCCGUGCGAGCCGGACAAGCUGUCCUUCCUGUCCGGCCUGCUGGAGCCUCCAGGCGAGCGGCGCGGCAGCAACCACAGCCGCGGGCAGCGCUCCGGCAGCGACGCCGCCGACAACUGCGACUCGUACGGGCCCGCCGGCCUGGACCCCCGCACCCUGCUACAAGAGAGGCCGCAGUGGCAGAGCCGCUACCUGCUGAAGGAACACCGCCGUGCGGGCAAGGCUACCUUCCAGGGGCAGGUCUACAACUUCCUGGAGAGGCCGACCGGCUGGAAGUGCUUCGCCUACCACAUCUCUGUGUUCAUGCUGGUCCUCGUCUGCCUCAUCUUCAGCGUCCUCUCCACCAUAGAAGAGUACGGAACCUUCGCCAACGCCACUCUCUUCUGGAUGGAGAUCUGCCUGGUGGUGUUCUUCGGCGCCGAGUACCUGGUGAGGCUGUGGUCGGCCGGCUGCCGGUCCAAGUACAUGGGCUUCUGCGGCCGCCUGCGCUUCAUCCGGAAGCCCAUCUGCAUCAUCGACCUGAUCGUGGUGGUGGCGUCGAUCGUGGUGCUGUCGGUGGGCUCCAACGGGCAGGUGUUCGCCACGUCGGCGAUCCGCGGCAUACGCUUCCUGCAAAUCCUGCGGAUGCUGCACGUCGACCGCCAGGGAGGCACCUGGCGGCUGCUCGGCUCCGUCGUCUUCAUCCACCGCCAGGAGCUGAUCACGACGCUGUACAUCGGCUUCCUGGGUCUCAUCUUCAGCAGCUAUUUUGUGUAUCUGGCUGAGAAAGACGCCGAAAAUGAAACAGACUUCAGCAGUUACGCAGACGCGCUGUGGUGGGGUGUGAUCACUGUCACGACCAUCGGAUACGGAGACACCGUGCCCAAGACUUGGAUGGGCAAGAUCGUCGCCUCGUGCUUCAGCGUCUUCGCUAUUUCUUUUUUCGCCUUGCCAGCAGGCAUCCUGGGCUCCGGGUUCGCGCUCAAGGUGCAGCAGAAGCAGCGGCAGAAGCACUUCAACCGGCAGAUCCCGGCGGCCGCCAUGCUCAUCCAGUGCCUGUGGCGGUGCUACGCCGCCGACAAGUCGUUCAACAGCCAGGCCACCUGGAAGAUCUACGUCAAGGACAGCGGGCAGCCCAGCCAGAGCUCGUCCGCGCCGCUGGGAAAGUCUCUCAUCCUCCAGGUAGCGAAGAAGGCAAGCGUCCUCAAGCGCAGGAAAUCGAAGAAUCGGAUGGAGGUUCCCAGCAACGCACUCGAAGGGAGCACGAGGCGGGACAGUGAGGGCGACGUUGUUUUCUACAUAGAAGAACCGAAAGCAGGAACACCAAACCGUGUGAGAAGGGAAGGUCGUGGGUCACUUUUCACAAGCCAGACAAGUAGCGUCACCGAGGCAGCAUCAGAUGAAAUAGACAUUGAUAUAGAUGAGCCUCAGAGAGUAACUACGUUAACUGAGGCACACCGUAAUGCAAUAAGAGCAAUACGAAAGAUAAAAUACUUUGUUGCUAGAAGGAAAUUCCAGCAAGCACGGAAACCAUAUGAUGUUCGUGAUGUCAUAGAACAGUACAGCCAAGGGCAUCUCAACAUGAUGGUGCGCAUAAAGGAACUACAGAGGAGAUUAGACCAGACACUUGGAAAACCAGGCAGUUACUUGGCUGGAAUUGAUCGAUGUGGCAAUGUAAAACCCAUGACAAUAGGAGCACGGCUUUACCGUGUUGAACAGCAGUUAUGUGUGAUGGAGAAGAAGCUUGACCAGUUAGUAUACGUCCUCAAUGCUGUUGCACAGAAGCAGCAGAUUCCACUUCGGUCUGUUGAAGAUGAAGUCUAGCAACGGUGAGCCCAGCUGUGGGGCACUACAGCUAUUUUUAUCACCACAGCGAUUAUCUUGUGAGACAUUUUUGUUAUUCAACUACUCUUCUUUCAGGAUUGAAUUUCAGACAGUUUUUGUCCUUUGCCGUGAUGUGUGAUGUGUAAAUAAAAUGAAAUUCCACUGGACAGUGAUUGACAAAAAUGCAGUGUUUUAAGUGACUGGAGUGCUCCAUUAACUUUUACCAUUAUACAGUAUUUGAUUCCAUUUUAGUGAGAUGAGACUUCAGAUAGCAUUUUUAUAUUUUUUAAAUACAUAUACAUACAUCUAUUGUUAAAAUUGCAUUAGCUUUCUGAUAGACUGAUUGUCAAGUGUGUUUACAAGUGCCUGGUUGUCAGUAUAGCUGUUACAAAAAUAUACCAUUUGCACAAAGAUUUAGAUAUAAAAUUGUAAUAGUACUUAAUAGACCUUUUAAUUCCAAUAUUAAUACUGCAGGAUUAAUCAUCAUUCUAACUUGACCAUGAUAUUUAUAACACUUCUAACUGAAAGAAAUUAGUGAUAGAGAUACAUGCUAUAACAAUCAGUCUAUCAGUGAAUUUAAAUUUAGGUAAUAGUAGGGUAAAAUGGCACUAACUUGAUGCCUAUAUAGAUGAGCAGCACUUGCUUGUGCAAUAUUUAGAAUAUCACUUUGAAAACUAGGCAAGUUUUCAUUGAUUCAUCAGGCAUAAUGUAACACAAGAGGUUCGGGAAGAUGAUUUGAACAUUCAAGUGCAAACCACAAGUUACUCUCCAUGUUACUUCUUAUUUUUUGCAGUUCAGUGAAAUAUAAAGUUUCUUUUGCCCUUUUUUAUUUUUAUUUUUUUAAGUUCAAUUUGGAACCUCUUCCAAAUUUUUACCUUGAUGAGAUUUACUUCUGCUUGUUGUUUUUUGAAAGACUGCAAGUAACAACAUUAUUACAGUAGUUGUCAGUAAGUAAGGAAGCAUGGGCAAAUUGGGCCACAGUUUGUAUGACAUGAACUUAAUCUUUUUUUACUUUGAAGCCUGCUGUUUCUGAUGAUUUUUUGUUCAAGAUAAUUGUUAAAGUAGUGUUUCAUUACGGGAUGAAAUUUAAAGUAGUGUUUCAUUACAGGAUGAAAUGUUUUUAUUGAAAUGCUCUCUGAAUAUUGGAAUUAAAGAAAACUUGAAACAAAAAUUCGCUUCACAGGGGCACAGCUAUCUAAAGAUCCAGCCAGUUGAAAAUUUUACAGGCUAGCUAUGCCUGAUAAAUGUUUUUGAAUGAGAUUCAGUGUGCUGUUUUCCAAAGAUAAAACAGUUUAAUUCAGCUCUGACAACUCAUAAGAAUUAAAUACCCACUCAUUCUGGACACAAUGACCCAGUUUCCGCUUGGGAACAAAAUAUCCUGUGCUUCCUUGCAUGUUACGAUAACUAUCCUGGUUUGAUAUUACUCUUUAUAUAACUAAGUUAUGUCUAAUUAACUCAUUAUUGUUAGUUUGUUAAAGAGUAACAAGGUGAAAGUGACAUAAUAUCACUUUCAAGAAACACUACAAGUAUCAGCACCAUCUUAUCCUACUUUUACCAUAUCUUUGCAUGAAUGUAAUAUAGAACAUUCUAUGAGACAGAGUUUACCACAAUAUAAGAGUUUAUCCCAUACAACUUAUAUAGCAAAUUGUACAUGAAAUUACACAUAAAGUGAAAUGAAUUUUGUAAUGUAACAUACUUUUAUCUCAGAAGUGGCAUCAUGUUGAGCAUACAGCCAGCCCUUUUGGAUGACCAUUACGUAAUGCAAAUUGUGUGUCUCUCUGUGACUAUGUGAAGCAACUUGAUGUUGAAAACUCUUCAGUGGAUGUACAUGUUGUGUGUCAAGAGCAAAAAGCUACCAAAGUCAUUCAUUUCUGUGGAAUACUGAAAAUGGCAUACAUUUUAUUAGUACUGCUGUUUUUCCAUAAUCAAUAUUUGUUUUCAAAAUCCCAGUUAAAACUACAUUGAUCUAACACUGUAUUAUUCCAGUGGUUAGUGCUUAGUUUUUCAGUCAUGCCAUAACUAUGUUUGAAGAUAAAUUACUAUGCUGUUAUAAGUGUUAUACAACAUGUUCAUUAAUUACUUCACAAAAUAAUGGAACUGAUGUAUACACAGUUAAAUCACAAGAAUUACAAAACAAAGAAAUAAAAUUGCUAUAAAAAUCAUAAUAAUAUGUAGCAUGGCAGUUAAGAAAUAAGUAAGCCCCGGGUAGAGAAAUUUGAAUUGCAGUUACAGAUUCAAUAAGAAAAUAAAGAAAGCAGUAAAAAAGAAAUUUUGCUUAAUCCUCUAUUAUUAGAAUAUGAGAGAUGUGCAUGAGGAGUUAUACUGGAUUCGAUUACUUAUUGUGGUUUUACAAUCCGCUUUUGCUUCUGCCUUCUUUUCUACUUCUUAUUGUUCUUUAACAAUAGUGGAAACUCAUGGAUGGAAUAAUACAUAAAAUCAGGAAGAGGCAACCACUCACCUAUAGCAGACUGAUGUAUGACACUUAGACAUAAGAAACAGAAGAUAGAAUUAAUUGGCUUUGAAUCUCUGGCUCCUUUUCUAGAGGAAGUCAUACAUUCAUUCCCACAACAAUAUAAACACCCACUUGCAUGCCAUCAUGGCCGCAGUGACACUGAUUGUUGAUUAUCUCAACUAUUGAUGUUAAUAAUCAGUAGUGGCAUGGCCACAGUAGUGUGUGUCAGUGUCUGUGUGGUUGUGUGCAUGAUUUCGUGUACUUUCUACCAGAGAAAGAGCCUGAGCUCAAAACCUGUUUUGUGUUAUGUUGGUCUACGCACCACAUGUCAAUCUUAUUGUUCUUUAUCAUUUUGCGCUGAUUCCUCUUCUCAUGUAUGUCUUUCUUACUCUUCUACAUCUGAUGACACAUAUUUUUGAGUCUUAGUUUUUUAAAGCACUACUACUACAAUAUUGUAUAUUGGGGGAGGGGGGGGGGGGGGGGGGGAGAGCAGAAAGAAAGAGAGAGAGACAGAUUGAGAGAAGGUAGCAUGCACAUACAGAAAUAGUUUUAACUCUAAAACUGAUGCAAAAAAUUAUGUGCCUGAGUUUACUUCACUGUUCCCAAAUACAGAAAAGACUAUAAAUUGCUAAGUCCUUCUGGAUAAUUAACAAAUAUGUGUACUGUCCAUACAAAUUAAGUUGACACUCGGCACAGUAGCUGACGAGAGUGGCCAUAAAGGCAUUUCCCAUUUAUGGUCACUCCCAUCAGCCAACACUGAUCAACUUAGUUUAUGUGUACAGUACAAUGCUAUCAAAAACCCAGCCACUGUGGUCUCCUGGUGCUGCAGCCUGACUGCCUGUAUUUGUAUGUGGAGUUCUUUGUACGUUUGCUGUCUUAAGAGGGCCUUUGUCUAAAGGCUUUGAUGUUUAUUAUCUUUCCUUUGUGGCUCUCUGAUUCUCAGCAAUAUUUGCUGAAUAGUGAUCAUUCCUCAUGUACACAACAAACUCCGCACAAAGUAGUAAAAUUAUUGCCUUUGUGAGUUUUGUUAUGACUAAAGCUCUACUGAUAUUUUUUACUGAUUCCUUAGUCUGCAAAGACUUACAUUCCAAACAUGUCUGCAUCUGUACUGUUAUUUAAUCAAAUAGAGAUGAGAAAAAAUCUUCUUCUGAGACAGCAGUAGUGACAGACAGAAACAGAUAGUCAUGAGAACUGAUUUUGGAACCAAAGAUCUCUUCAUCUGACCUCAUACAGCAAAAAUACAUGGGCAUUCAAACCAGUGCUUCACUAGACUGGGAUCAAUGGUGAACAGUAGAACACCAAAGACAAGCUAGCAACAGGCAGAAUUUAAAAUCUGUGAAGUUACUAGCAACAGAGAAAAGAGGAAGUUCUGGUUCCAGAAGAAGAAACAUAUAAACUGAAAAUGGGCAACAGUGUGGAAAAAUAUAAUGAUCAAGAAGUCCCCAAAUAAAUAAAAUAUGAAAAAUAAACACAUGAAAGGAUGAAUUUAGAAAAGAAAACUGAACAUUAAUGAAAAAGGGGGAGAAGAGUGUCACUAGGUACUUUUCUUCAUUGAAGUUUUGGAGAUGAAUUUUUACAUCUGAAAUUUCUGGUGCUGGAAAGAACAUUACAAUUUUUAUAAAUAGUAAAGCAGGGAUAAGGUCUCAGCUUUUGUACUGAAGAAUGUGUUCUUCACCAGAGAACUCAGUGUUACUAGUAUAAAUUCUAUGUUUGUCAUUUCAUCCCAGGGUCACUAUAACUGCUUAAUGCUCAACCUUUAGUGUAAGAAUGAAGAGCACUACACUUUUCUUGAGGAUAGUCAGACAUAUAGAGAGAGUCAAUAGUGAUAUAACCCAAUACUCUGUUGCAAAACAUAGUUAGCAACUAAAUAAUCAUGACCUUGACCUCCAUUUCAUCACUUAAGAAAUUAAUUUCUUACAAACCAGCAUUUCUGAAUUUGGUAUAUGGGAACUUUAGUGCAUGUAUCUUUUCCUUAACAUUACAUUUAUGUCAAAAAAUUUUAAUCAUUCAUCCACACAACUCACAUGUUCCUCUCUCACCAGCACCAUCCCUACAUUAUUUUCCUGCCAACCCUCUCGUGACUCUAUCAUUGCCAUAGUUUUUCAUUUACUUUCAAUUUUCUGCUCUUUGUCCAGUAUACUUCAUUUGAUUAACUGUUUCAAGGCCAUACUUUGUUCCUCUGCUUCUUUUUAUUUAUUGCUUUCCGUUUUUACCAUAUCUGUCCAUCUAUUUUAGGUUCACCUUUCCUUUAUCUCUAACUUGUCCAUUGCCCUCACUUCUGCUUCUUAUGUUUCAAGUUUUCAAAUUACAUCUGAUUGUCUAUUUACCUCUUUUCAAUUGUCUUCUGCCUCCAUUUUCUGUAACUUAGACAGUUUUUCAUACUUAUCUGUGUUUGGUCUCAGUUCACAUAUCCAUUUCAUUGUUUCGCAAAAUGAAGGGACACAUUAUUCCAAAAGGUAUUAUUUGUUCUCAGCAUCUGUGUGUGCCUGAUGUUGCUGCUGUUACUGCUUCAAUUCGUGAUGAUAUUUCUACUUAUAUUUCAUUGCAGUUUCUCCUUGGUGAUAGUUUUCCUUAUAGAUAGAAACUACUAUUCAGUUGAUUCUGUUGUAAAGUACUCAUGAAUAAACUUUUUUGGCUUGUCUAAAUUGUUAUAGACUGUUUAAGACUAUUUUUUCAUUUUGAAUCAUAACUUAUUUCUCAACUUGAGAUGUAUGAGUCUGAAGAUCAGCAAGAAACCAUUUUGAACCACUUCCUUGUUAUAAAAAUUAUUUAUCACACGGUAACAACUUGUUCUUAAUAGGUUAAUUAUUUUCUUUAUUUGAAAUUCAGUUUUAUCAUUUUUAAACAUUUAUAUUUGUGUUGUGAGAAGAUAUACCCUAUCCCAACUGUCUGCUUAUGGUUGUCAUACAUACACACUAUAUCACUUGUACUUUCAGAUUUAAACUGCUGAACUAAUUCCAGAUCACUCAGAUUUAAAACCUGCAUAAUGUUAUGUUGGCAUGUUUGGUUUUCUUAUUGAUUUUUUGGGGCAUUAAAUUCCAGUAAUCAUUCCUUCAGUGGUUAAUACUUUCAAACUGUUUUUGCCAACACUUUCAUGCUACAGACUGCUCUGAAAGCUACAGUCAGGAAAUACUGAAAUAUUCAUAAUGAUACACGGUUUAGAUAAAAAUAUUUUAAUGAAACAAUAUGUUAUCGCUACCUGACUAUAAAUUCAAAACCAGCAAAAUUUGAAUGGUCAUUACAGACGAGUCAAAUAGAUAAUAUUUAAAAAAUUGGAACUUUUUGAAAAUAUUAUUGCUGUCAAUGUUCAAAUUUUCCAAAGACUUUCUGUAAACUGUCAUCAUAAUCUUACAUUUUACAUCUUUAGAUCAGGAUCAUGUUUCACAGCUCACGUUUUACAAGCAGGGAAAGUCAGUGGGUUGAAAUGAAUAGCAUUACAAAAGAUAAUUAAAGCAGCUAUAGUGAGUACAUUCUUUUCUGUAUCACUGACAUGUGUGUGAUGAGAGUACAAAACUGAAAUUAAAUUAAGCUACUUGGAAGAAACUCUUUCUUUUUUAAGAGUGAUGGAAUACAGAAUCUCUUACUUCAUGCCUUCAUCAUUAUAAAUAAAAAUAAUUAAUAUAUGGUAAUUAUAUAAUGAAGUCACAGCCACUGGGAUAAUCAGUCUACUUGCAACAACAAAAAUACUUUCCUAAUUCAAACUGAAAAACAGUAAGUGAUGUCACAGAAAAUUCCAAAAGGGCUCUAUGUGCGCUCUGAUGCAAGUAACACAAACUUUUAUAAAUUUCAGAUUGUAAGUUCCUCAUGAUAAUUGUUUCAUAGUAUGUAUAAGUGCAUUGAAUUCAUUGUUGGCAUCUGUGUUCAGAACUUUGCUGGUAUAGGGCACAAAUACUUUUCCACUAAUGCAGAACAUAUGGUAAAAGUGUUAUGUAAAGAUUGUUGAUGAAAAGAUUCAGAAAUAUGCUGUAAUCUGACUUCUCGUAAAGAUAAAAUGUUUUUAUAGAUAUUCAGUCUGUCUUUGUAGAACCUCUUGUUUGUAGGCAUAAAAUAUAUCCCAACAGAAUUUUUUUUGUAAUUCAUAAUUUUUUGACCAUUACUGUGCUGCUAAUUCUUAUGUUUUAAGUAUUGAAUCCUGAUGUGUUAAUUAAAUUUCUCUCAAUCGUUCAACUCUCAUGAGUUCCAGAUCAUUAUUAGACAUUUAAUAUAAAAAGUUAUGCCUACAGCUAUUUUAAGACUCUUAACACAUUAUAAAUUAAAUAUGAUGAAAAAUAAUAAAAAUUGUUACAAUGAUUAGGAUGUAAUGGAAUUUGCGGGUCAAAUUUACCAGUUUCAUAUUGUAAGCUAAUAUUUAGAAAUAUAAAGUAGCCAAUAACAGAUUCGUCUCUUGGCGUGACUACAUAGUUUCACAGUCUCAUGAUUCAGUAGUGUAAUUUAUAACAUGAAAAAGCAACUAUUAUUAUCAUUACAGCAAAGUUUUUUUCCAUUCGCUUAGGGCCAUUAUUCCAUCACAGAAAGCAGCAAGUGUCUGAAUGAAAUAGUUGUUACUAAAUAUGUAUAGCGUUAUGAGCAUCUAGUUUCCUUCAUUUUGUUAGCUGUAAUAAUGCUACAAAAUGACCAAAUAAUUUCACUGCUGGAACACAGCUUGACACUGAAAGCUCGUCUGUUUAUACAGAUGCCUUUUCCACCAUCAAGGAAAUGAUGCUGCACUAGAAUGGGAAUAACUGUGUGCGAUAAUGAAGUGGUGGGAUCAAUAUUUGUGAUGCACCAUACUUUAUUACAUUUUGAAAAUGACAAUGGUAUUUUUAAUUUUUCUUUGGAACACUUACCAGUCAAUACUUUAUACAUGAAUCUGAUGUCAGAUAGUAACAGGACAGUUCCUUCCAAUUAACCAACUUCUAACUAGUUGGAGAAAUUUAAAUUGAAAGUAAAAAAUCUAUUUUUGUCCAUUUAUGUAAAAUGUUUUAUUAAUUUUUCAGUUUUUAGAAAUGCAUCAGUUCAGAGAAAUAUAUCACAGAUGAAAACAGUUCCAAUUUUUUUGAGAUAUUCCUACCUGAAUACUGCUGAAACAACAUAAACUACUAACAUAAAGCUUGAAAAUUUUUACAGCCUAAUAUAUCACUGGAAUUCUCACUUAUUAUUAAUCAUUUGACCAUUUGGUACCCCCUUUUUUAAUUUAUAAAUGCAUUUUUAAACCAAUGACUGCAUCAUGGAAACAAAGUGACUGCAUUGCAAUGUAUUUUCCUCAUUGUUUUAAUCAGAUGGAUUCCUAUUUAUCAGUCACUGUGGUUGAUGCCAGCUAUGUCUUGCAUUCUAAAAUGGUGAAAUUAAGUGAAAUACAUCUCAAUAUAUGCCAUAGUAGUUUACUACUUCUGUAAACAUCAGUGCAUCGCUAUACAUAGCAAAUGCAGCCUUGAGAAAAACAAUGCUUAGAUAGGGUCAUCACUAAGAUCUUGCACUUGGAUGCUCAUAACAUUUGAUUCAUCACUUGCGAGAAGCAUAUAUUACCUUAAUACAAUAAACAAAUACUAUCAAAGUUUUUCUCUCAUCUGUCAGGUUCCAGUCUCUUUAAUAGAUCUUUUUGAUACAGUAUUAUUUGCUAACUUGCUUGCCUUAUUUUUUUUUUUUUUAUGAAUGCUUGGAACACAAACCACAAUUAAUCAUUUGCUUGAACUACUGACCAUUCUUAGAGCAAUAAGUAAUUUGAAGCUGGCCUAAUCUCCCACAAAGGAGUAACUAUUGAAGGAGAGAAAAUUUUUUUGAGAAUGCGGAUCAGAUUAAAAAUGUGUAUUGAAAUUUGUUGUUGCAGAUGACACACUGCAGAAAAAUAAAUCUCUUAACUGCAAAAUGUAUUAGUUUUAUUUAACUCUGGCAAGGAGAUUGCCUGAAGUGUAAAUAUAAGUUACUAGAAAUUGCUGUUAUUUGUUCUUGUGACUGUCAACAUACUCGUUAAGCUGUAAGGAUAUGAGAAUCUAUGAAAACUUCUUCCAUUUUAUUUUGAUUAAAAAGUAAAAAAGCUUUUUAAAAGAUUACACAAAUAUAACAUUAUUUAUUGAAUGUUAAAGGCAUUGAUAGACAUGUGCAGCAUCACUGAGUAACCAAUAAAUGAAAUUGUUCAUUGUUGGGUCCUGGUAUUAUACAUUGUAAUGACUUUUUCUUGACUUUUUAGAGAUUGCCUCAUCUGUGCCUAUAAAUACUGUAGUAUAUGAAUCUAUAGUGUAUUUUCCAUACCUGUGAUUAAUGAUAUCUAUCUGCCAUGCAGAAUUUGUACAUAAUUAUAUAAAUCUAAGCAUUGUUGUAAACAAUUUUCAGAGAGAGUAAGUAAGCUCAGUUUGUAAAUAAUAAGCAUAACUGUAUUUACUUAAUAUAGUUAUAUCAUUCAGAGUUGGUUAACCUAAGUUAAUGGACAUUGUGUAAACAGUGUACUGUAAAUAGCUACUAUUUGCAGCUGCCAUGUUUUAUUGAUAGUGUUUGUCACACAUAAAUUUUAGCUUCUUGUGAUAUGCACAAAGUCAGUCUUAUACUGAACAUUUAUGGACAGUGUGGAAGAUCGGUUUUAAAACUGUGUAAAGGCAAAAUUUAUUUUUACAGUAGAUGUUGUACUUGGAAGAGCAAGUGCUUUAUACAGUAAGAGUUUGUAUUUCCUGAAAUACGUUGAUAAUAAUACAUAUCAGGCACAUAUGUUUUUGUAACGAGAUUCUGUAAUCUCUUGGAAGCCUGUAUUAAAACUUUAUGGCCCCAGAUUUUCAUGAUUUUACUUGUGGGUUCUCUAGAGCUAUUAGUAAUAUAAUUCUUAUGUCUCCAAAAUCAAUAACUGUACAAUGUUAUUUUUUAGCAUCUUGGUAAUACAUUGAAUUUAACUAUCAAUAUUUCACAUAAGAAAUAAAUGCUGCUGUUUUCAAAUCUUCCGUGAUAAAACCAGUAAGUUAAUUGGAUAACCAUUGGCCACAAAUGCAUUUCAGUAUCAUACAUUUGAUUCCACUUAAGCACAGUGUCUGACUCAUAAAGGAAUAACUCGACUGUAGUGUAUAUGGAACAGAUAUGGAAAACACUCUCGUUGAAAAAUGUCUAGCACUAAGAAAAUUGGAAAAAUACAGUACCAUAAAUUCAAGGAUAGUAACAAUAAACAAAAAUCUGUAACAAUAACCACUUACCAACAGAUAACUGAUGCACUGCACAUAGAAACAGACAGCAUAGAACUUUUGUAGCUUUUGAGUUACUGCUUAUUUUCUAGUUUCAGUACACACCCCCUACAAGAGCUCAUUAGCUAGUAAUGUGUCCGUGCUGUAACAUGUUUCUGUGUGCAAUUCAUCAAUUAGCUACUGGUGAGUGGUCACCCAAAAUGUUUUUGUUUAUAAUUUUCAGCUCUUUUUUUUUUUUUUACAUUCAAUAUAUUAUUUAGUGGUUUCACAUAUCAAAUCAGUUGACAAACAUAUAGCAGUUCAGUGAAGACUUCUAAGGAAAAUAUUCAGUCAUUAGUUCAACUAACAAAAACAUAAGUUUAUAACAUGAGCAUUACUUUAACAGAAAAAAAUAUGCAAGUAAUACAGGAUUCAUACAUUCAAAAAGAGACAAUUUCAGUGGUGAUCUCAGUUUGCCUCUUCUUCUAUUAUGUAUUCCACAGAAAAAAUUUAAUAGAAAUUGUUAUUUUUUAAAAUAUUGUUUUUAAGGAUUACAGUGUAUUUCAUUGCAGUAACCUGAAAAACAAUUAACUGUUCCCAAGCCAACAUGUAUAACAGUUAAGAAAGGGCUGAUAAGUAGUUGAAUAUUAAAAGAAAUUGUAGAAACUGUAACUAACAAAAGAAAUGGAAGAAAUGGUGUGAAUACAAUAAAACUGUAUACACCAUAGAAAUCAUUACAAUUGUGGAGAACAACAAUUAUAGCAAACCUCAAAAGACUACAUUUAUGUAUUCGAGAAUUGAACAAGAGAAUGAAAUCUAUAUGAGUGAAACAAAAUUGCAGAACAAAAACAUUGAGAAUCUAGAACACUACACUGAAUGAUAAAAGAAUAUCUGUACUUUCCAAUCAGUAUUUUCAGUUUGGGUAAUUCAACUUUCUGCUGUUUCCUCCAAAAGAGUGCCCCUUCAUGACCAUUCUCGUACUAAUAUUUGCUCUCCAUACAUUCUUUUCACCAUGUGUUUCUUGGUUAUAAGAUGAUUAAUCAUUUUUACUUCACUCUAGCUUAUCCUUGCAAGGCCCUUCUUUUAUGCUGACAUACAUGUCCCUUGACAAUUAAUUAAUAGGUGAUACAAAGAUGGAGUAAUUUCAUGAGAGUUAGCGUUUUCAUUUAUAUGCCAUUGACUCAAAAAUAGCAUACAGUAAUAAGUUGCAAUUAUCAUAGACAGUAAAUAGUCCAAAAAGAUUUUAAGAUCUGGGAGAGAGAUUACUAAACAUUACAUACCAGUUAUAGUAAAAAUACUGGACGGCUGUAAUUUUGUAAAUAUGGGCAUUACAGUGGGAUCUACAAGGUCCACUAAAAGCUGUAGAGAGCAGUAUGCAUUUUGAGUCAUAUUGCUAUGACUGAAGUUCAUAUAUAUCUAGUUGUAGAAGAGUUUGUUGUUUGAGAUUUAUAGGUGAAACAACACUGCAAUUCUACAACACUACCAACAGAUUUUUGUAGAACUAAGACACAUAAAAUAGCCACAACUGAAUCUAUUUAUUAAAGCAGAUGAAUUGAAUUCUGUAUAGCACAACGAAAUUAACUAUAGAAUAUUCCAUAUGGUGUACUGGCUUGUCAUCGGAAGUAUUUCAAUGUUUUGUAAAGGAAAUGUGUAAACUAUUAUCAUGCAUAAGAUUUAAUUUCCAAUAAAAUCAGCCAGAUUCCAGGGGGUAUAAAUAUAAUAAGGAGUAUAAUAAAAUGUAAGUCUUGCAUACAUUAAACUGCAGCUGUACAGAGCUGUCAGUAACAAAGAAAUAUCUACAGAUAUGUAAAAGCAGUUUAAAAAAGAAAAAUCUUAUCAAAGAAAUGGUUAGAUCUCUUUGCAUAUUUCUAUAAAGGGAAAUACAAAUGUUAAUUUAAAGAGGAAUAAAUCUUUACAAAGGAAUUUGUAAAUUUCAUAGAUUGUUGUUGUUGGUAUGCUGGUAGAACUGAAGAAAAAGUAUGCCAAGUUGACUACAAGUAAUAGAGGACAAACCUUUGAGUGUCAACCAAUUGUGCUGAAUGAAACAUCAAAUUGUCAGUGAAACAGCAAUUGCACAAAGAACAAAAACAGACACCACCAGGGAAUACAUCAAGAAGUGGGCAUGAAAGUCUGAAUGAAUACAAAGUGUAAUACAUAAAAAGAGCAAUGACAAAAAUAUUAAAUGAAUUUGCCAUUAUAAAAGUUGCCAUUAGAUACCCAAUAUUACUUGCAAUGCCUGAGCUUCUUGUAGCAAAUAUUAAAUGCUUUAGAACAUGUGAAGUAGUACUAAAAUUAGCAUGUGCAAAGAAAGUUCGUAUGCUCAUGAACGAACCUAUUGAAGCAAAUGGAUAAAAUAUACUCAGAAGUUGGUAAACAUGUUUUGGUCUUUGAGGCAGAUUAUUCAGGUACUUUAAAAUGGAGAAGAGUAGUAAUUACAGCAACAAUAAUUGGAAUGUGUUAUAAAGACAGAUGGAUCUGGAUAUCUCAAUUCUUUGAUUAGGUUAUGUGAAUAGCAUGUUGAAGUCUGGGAAUAGGCUAAUGCUGGCAAUUAGCAGGUUGUCUUUCAUUGUAAGGAAAAAUAAAUCCAAGUAUCAGAAUGGACUAAAAAAAUCUCAUUAAAUGGGUUUUGCUAGGAUAAUAUAUUAUGUAGAUGGAUGGUUGACUUUAGAAAGUUUGAAUUUUGUUUCGAACCAUGGAAAGGAGUGGAGUACCAUGUCAAUACUUUGCAAGAUGGUAGUAGUGUAAAACAAGUAAUGAUUUCCUCCUUUUGGCCAUCAAGAAAAUUACUGAGACAAAGAGUGUGUUCCAUUAUCUGUAGCUACAGGCAAAUGAAAGGAAAUGAAAAUCAUGAAGUACAACAGAGAUGAAUACACUCCAUCAUGUGAAGGAUGCAUGACAUUUUAUGCAGAAUGCCUGACUUAAUGUUGUACAUUAAGGAGUUAUAUCCAAAUUGGCCAAGAAAAGAGUCUAAGCUCAGUCAUUUUAAGGACAGGAAAAUUAAAUUAGUGUUUAAUCCCUAAGUCUGCUUAUGAAUCACCCCAGUAACAAUGACGCUUUUGCUACUAAUAGCUAUAUAAUUUAUGCCCACCUGGAGUCACAAUAACUACUCAUAAUACUAAACAGACUGUGGUUUGAGAUAAACAGAUGAUACUAGUGCAUCAUUUUCAGACAUCACUGAAAUUUUAAUCUUUCCAACAAUACAUUUGCUAGAAACAACCAAAUUUCUGCCUCCCUCUUCUAUUACAAAUGAAUUCCUGGUAUAAUUUUCACAUACACAGAAGACAGUGUAGUACUUGUUCAUUAGUUACAUAAUCAUGACAACAUGCUGUUAGUAUGUCCUCUAAACUACCUAAAAAUCCAAAAUUUAGCUUCAUGAUCUCACUUCAAUACAGUUUUUGCUCUACAUAAUAUGUGAAAGCUAACAUAUGAAUUAUUAAAUUGAGGAAAAUAGGAUUGUGGAAAAUCAAGAAACUGAGAGACUGUUUGUAGGUGCAAACAUUUUAUUUAAUCCUUAGUGCAUCCUAAUCUGAAAAGAAUCAGAAAUUAAGCAAUUAUAACUCAGAUCAUUACUUUUAGAACUACGACAGGGUUGUUUUUCUCUCCUUCUUUUUAACAUGUAAUCUUGCUUAAAAAUUACUUUUAGUUGCCAAGAUAAUUAAAAACCUACAAACAUUCUUAAUCCGUCACAGAGUAACAUGUAUGACAUCUGAAGAUGUUUCUUUACUCAAAUAUUGAGAUUACAUGUAAGAGGGGCCAUAAAAUUUAUAAUAAAUCUUCAGUAUUAAUAAUCAUUGCAAAUGCUGAACAUUUAUCUUCAAGUUACUUGUAAUGUUGUGCUGUUUACUCCUGUCUCUACUAUACGCUUACUAGGACAGUAUAUAUUAUAUAUUACUAUUAUCAAUUUAAAAAAGACCUUUCCUACCAUUGAUCAUAUCACCAUAGAUGCCUAUAAAUCUCACCAACAUAUUUUUACUUUAAUGAUUUGAAGACAGCUAUUCCAUUUCCAUUUUUAAAUACUGUGUAUAUGUAAGUAUGUUUACUAUGAUACAAACUGUAUUGGAUAUGAGUCUUGGAAAUAAUUACUUUUGUAGAGAAAAUAAGUGAACUCUAUCAUUCUGUACCUUUUUCUCUGAAAUAUGAAUGUGGAUGAAUGAUGUUGAAACAUAUUUUGGGAAAAGUAAAUGGAGACAUGACUCGUUUUAAUUUCUAAUGUGUUACUAUAUAGCAAAAAUAAAGUAUUUUGACUUACUACAA